UUCUAACCCCCCCCCCCCUUCCGCAGGAGGAGGGCGACGCCUACCACCGCUCGGGCCUGUACAGCCACUACCUGCACAGCCAGCCGCAGCCGCAGUCUCAGCCGCAGCAGCACAUGGAACUGGCGGCGCGAGGGAGCAGCAGCAACAAGCCCGCCCGCAACAACAGCACGUGCAGCGCCAGCGGGAGUCUGGGCGGCGGCGGCGUGGGCGGCGGCGUGGGCGGCGGGCGGACGCGGCACAGCAGCAGCACGAGCGCGCGGGGCGGCGCCACCAUCACCAGGAACAACAGCAGCGCCAGCACGAGCAGCGGCCACAGCACGGGCGCGGCGGCCCCGCUGGGCCUCGCGGGCGCCGGCGGACGCGAGGCGGUGCCGGAGGAGGAGACCGCGCCCGCCGUGGGCGUCGUGAGCGUCGUGGAGGAGGACGCGGGCGUGGCGGACAGCAGCGCGGAGGGCGAGGCGUCGCUCAUGGAGGCGUCCACCGCCACCGCCUCCACCGUCGACUCCACGGCGGAGCUCGUGCACAGUUCCCGGGGCGUCUGCUACAACACGACGACCAGCGCGCCGAAGGCCACGACCCCGCCCGAGGACUCCAACGACUGCGGCCUCUUCAGCUUCCGACCCGCCUUCCUUCAGAAACUUGCUAAUAUUAAGAUCUUCGUGUUCCUGCUGUCGGUCCUGGUGACCAUCCAGCAAGCCCUGGCGUCGGGCUACUUGAACUCCGUCAUCACCACGAUAGAGAAGCGCUACGAGAUCCCUUCCUCGCUCACAGGCGUCAUCUCCUCCAUGUACGAGAUCGGCAACGUCAUCACGGUCAUAUUCGUGUCGUAUUUGGGGUCGAAGAGAAGAAUCCCCGUCUGGAUCGGCGUCGGAUGCUGCGUCAUGGGCAUAGGCUCGAUGCUGUUCGUGAUGCCGCAGCUCAUCUCCGACCGCUGGUCCAUCGAACUGGAGACCAUCAACGACACCGACUCGAAACACAUCUGCCGGAACGCGCGCGUGCGGGACGACACCUCCGAACGCCUCUCCGACCUUGGCUUCGGAACGCUGCCCGACCUGUCGAAGGGCGUGCCCCUCGGCUCGCACAACAGCAUCCAGUACGGCAAACCCGACAACUGCAUCAAGGGCUCCCGCAGCAACGUGAUGCCUGUGCUCUUCUUCAUGCUGGCGCAGCUGCUGCUCGGCGCCGGCGGCUCGCCCCUCUUCACGCUCGGAACCACCUACAUCGACGACCACGUCAAGAGAGAGAGCUCAUCCAUGUAUAUAGGAAUUAUCUACACCAUGGUUGCCUUUGGUCCUGUCCUGGGAUUCCUACUUGGUGCUUACCUCAUUUCCUAUUACGUCGACACCAUGUUUGUUGAUACGUCGGUCAUGCAAGCAAAUCACAAGCACCCGCGGUGGAUUGGCAUGUGGUGGGGAGGAUUCCUGUUGUGUGGGUUAAUGCUGCUCCUGAUCUCCAUUCCGUUCUUCAUGUUCCCCAAGACUUUGAAGAAAGAAAAAGAAAAAGUAAGAAUGGAAGAGAAGACUAAAGAGUUCCAGAAAGGUCACCGGCGCACAAAGUCCCAGACGUCCACCUGCUCUCGGCACUCUACACUGUCCACCAAACGCGUCUACGGCAAGGAUGUGCGAGACAUUCCUCUGUCAAUGUUGAAGCUGUUAGUGAACCCCAUCUAUGUGAUGACGUGUUUGGGAGCAUGCAUGGAACUCAUCAUUGUGUCUGGGUUCAUUGUAUUUCUCCCCAAGUAUUUAGAGACUCAGUUCUCUCUUUCUAAUAUUCAAGCCUCCAUUUUUACUGGUGGUAUUGCAAUACCUGGUGCUUGUAUUGGUAUUUUCCUUGGUGGCUACCUGCUGAAGCGGUUUAGUCUCCGGCCAAAAGGUGCCAUACAGAUGGUCAUGGCAUUCAAUUUAAUGGGGCUCAGUUUCUAUGGCCUCCUCUUUGUCCUGGGGUGCGACAAUGUCAAGAUGGCAGGCACCACAUCUCCAUACUUUAAUAACACAAUGGCACACUCAGUGGCGAAUACCCCUAAUCGCCUAGACAAUGCAGGGUCAUUUCAGGUGAACUUGACUGCUUGGUGCAACACAGGAUGCUCCUGCUCCUCAUCACUGGUGGAGCCUGUGUGCGGCAACAAUGGCCUAACCUAUUUCUCUGCAUGUCAUGCCGGCUGCACUUCUUACUCCCAGCAAGACAAAUUUGCUAAUUGCACCUGUAUCCUUGGAGAGGGCAAUCAGUCGUCACCGUUCCUCUCAUCCUCUGCAGCUGGGGGCGUUUUCUCUGAGGUGACUGUUGUCCCAGUGGCUACUGCAGGGCCUUGCUAUUACCCAUGCAACACCAUCAUGCCUUUCAUGAUCCUUCUGUUUUUCAUGUGCACUGUUGUGGCCAUAAGUCAGAUGCCCUUGCUUAUGAUUGUGCUCAGGUCUGUAGAUGAAGAAGAGAGAUCGUUUGCUCUGGGUGUUCAGUUUGUGAUAUUCCGCCUCAUUGCAUACAUCCCGGCACCAAUCAUGUUUGGAUCUGUGAUUGACUCCACUUGUCUCCUUUGGAAGAGCUCUUGCGGAGAAAAGGGAGGCAGAUGUCUCAUUUACGAUAUUGAGGCAUUUAGGUUCAGAUAUGUUGGAAUAUGUACAGCCAUCAAAAUAAUAUCAGCAGCAAUAUUUGUCUUUGAUUGGCUCUUGAUCCGCUGGAAAUAUAAGCUGGACAUGGAAGGGACAAUGACUGUGGGAGACAUUGUUAAUUCCCUCAUGUCGGUGGAUAAGAAUGAAGAUGAAUCUUCAGAUGAGCUUGAGAAAACAGUGUGGUUACCAGAACUCCAGGGAACACAGCAUGUUGCACCCCAUGCCCCUACCGUAGCUCCUCACUCUACCUCAGCAACAGUAUCAGUGCCAUCAACCGCACCAGCCAACCAUUACCACCACAGGCGGAAUGGAUCACUUAUCAAUAGAUCACAAUUACCUCCACAUGGUUCAGGUCACAAGAGAUCCCAGUCAGGCUCCUACAUCCCGCCUCGCCCAUGGGCUGGCCUCUACCAGCACAGGCGUUCCCACUCCAGUUCAGGAUACCAGCACCUGCCACUUCCCUCUGGCCCACCUCCGCAGGGGAUUCUGGCCACACAGCCAGGGCACCAACGACGAGCGAGUUCUGGACAGCAAGUGACAUUCCGAGGACUUGCGGAGGAUCCCAGCGACUUGACGGGAGUGAGAGUGGUGGUUCAAGGUCACACAAACAGUGCAGAAGAAGAUGAUAUUGCAAUUAAGGUGUAAGGGAAUUUAGUUGACUUAUAAUAAUCUUUGCUUUUUUUUUUAUUUUAUUUGUAUAAACAGAUAAAGGUGAAUGUGUAUGUUUGUGUGUGUGUAUGAACACACGCACACACAUACGCACACUCAUACACUCACACACUCAUACAUUCAUACAUACAUGAAUAUAUGCUUUAAUUAUUCAGAAUUAACGCUUUGUACUAUAUAGGUAACAAGCUUGCCUAUUUAUGACAUAUUUUGACACUGAAAUUUGCUACUGUCACUUGUUGAUAAUUAAGCCUGAGGUUACAGUGAAUUUAGGAAAUGUUAUACCAUGGUGUUUGUAGUCCUCUAAUAUGCUUCCAUGUAGUGGAGUGGCAGUGGACACAUGUAGUCCAAACCCCUGCCUUGUAUGGGAGAAGUCUCCCAUUUGGUUACGAUAUAUGAUACCUAUGGUUUGCAGCAUAGUCUAAUGAUGCAAAUAUAUUUAUGAUAUGCAUAGCCUUUGAAACAAAACUCUAGGUUUUUAAACAUAUAGACUGCUUAAUUGGACGAGAUACCAUGUACAGAGCUCGGACAAUAACUAAAAUGAGGAUUAGGCUGGCAUGUUGCUUGCAUAGGAGUAGAAGAGACUUGGGGCCUCUUGUGUAAUGUGAUAGCUUGACUUUCUAUAGGAUUACCAUAGAAGUGAUAUGAUGUCAGAUUUUUAACCUCAUUCCAGGCUUUAGUUUGGAUACAUAUAUAUAAAUAUAUAUAUAUACA